UUAAUGAUCUUUAAAAUUUUUCAUGACAAACCUAAACUGCCCUCAUGGCACACCAGUGUGCCACGGUACACCAGUUGAAAAUUACUGCACUAAAGGGAUGAAGAUAUGGCUGCCCACUCUGGGGGAAAGCCAGGCUUCCUGCAGUGCAGGAGGCGUGGGGAUCCCCCUCGGAUGCUGACUUUCUCCUCUCUCCCCGGCACCUCGGUUCUCUCCCGUGGCCAGAAUACAGCCGCGGAGCUGGCGAGGCUCCUCUGUGCACGUCUCAGAUGCUAACUCUGCAACCUUCAUCCUGCCCACCGGCUCAUCCCUACGCUAUCUGGAGGACAUCCAGGAGCUUGUGGACAUAAGGAUGAUGAGUUUCCCAAAGAGCCCCUUCCAGGCCCAAAGUCACUUUGACGUCAGUGGAACUGUUGGUGGCCUCCGUCUGACCAGCCCUAGUGGACAGCUUAUACCUGUGAAGAAUCUGUCAGAGAAUAUUGAGAUUCUGCUGCCCCGGCCUCCAGAAAGACACAGGGAGCUGACCGUGUUGAACCUGACCAGUCCUGAGGCUUUGCGGGUGAAUGUGACUUCGGGGGAGGCGACUUUGGGGAUUCAGCUGCACUGGAGACCCAGCAUCCGACUGACACUGAGCCUGGGCUUUGGCUACCACCCCAACGAGACCAGCUAUGAUGCCCAAACACACCUGCUGCCAGCAGCAGCUCCAGAUGAGAUGUCCACGUGGAUCCUGAGCCCACGGGACCUGCACUUUGGAGAAGGUGUCUACUACUUGACUGUGGUCCCUGAGGCUGACAUGGAGCCUGUCUCUGGCAGGGACCUAACAGUUGGCAUCACCACCUUCCUGUCCCAUUGUGUGUUCUGGAAUGAGGUUCAGGAGAUGUGGGACAACUCCGGCUGCCAGGUGGGACCUCGUACUAGCCUCUCCCAGACACACUGCCUCUGCAACCACCUCACCUUCUUCGGAAGCACCUUCCUGGUGAUGCCCAAUGCUGUUGAUGUCCGCCAGACCACUGAGCUCUUUGCCACCUUCGAGGACAACCCUGUGGUGGUGGCCACCGUGGGCUGCCUCUGCCUGGUCUACCUGCUGGCAGUGAUCUGGGCCAGGCGGAAGGAUGCUCAGGAUCAGGCCAAGGUGAAGGUCACAGUGCUGGAAGACAACGAUCCCUUUGCCCAGUACCACUACCUGGUGACAGUCUACACUGGACACCGCCGAGGAGCAGCCACGACCUCAAAGGUGACUCUCACCCUGUAUGGCCUGAAUGGAGAGAGUGAGCCCCACUACCUGUCUGACCCUGACACCCCGGUUUUUGAGCGAGGAGGAGUGGAUGCCUUCCUACUGUCCACCCUGUUCCCCCUGGGGGAACUGCAGAGCCUCAGACUGUGGCAUGACAACUCAGGGGACCGGCCAUCCUGGUAUGUGAGCCGGGUGCGGGUCUAUGACCUGGCAAUGGACCGGAAGUGGUAUUUCCUCUGCAACUCGUGGCUGUCCAUCGAUGUUGGAGACUGUGUCCUUGACAAAGUAUUUCCAGUUGCCACGGAGCAGGACAGGAAACAGUUCAGCCACCUGUUUUUCAUGAAGACCUCCACCGGCUUCCAGGAUGGACACAUCUGGUAUUCCAUCUUCAGCGGCUCAGCCCAGAGCAACUUCACUCGUGUGCAGAGGCUGUCCUGCUGCUUCUCGCUACUCCUCUGCACCAUGCUCACCAGCAUCAUGUUCUGGGGCAUCCCCCAGGACCCAGCUGAGCAAAAGAUGGACCUGGGUAAGAUUGAGUUCACGUGGCAAGAAGUGAUGAUCGGCCUGGAGAGCUCCCUCCUCAUGUUCCCCAUCAACCUCCUGAUUGUUCAGAUCUUCCGAAAUACCCGUCCUCGGGCUGGGAAGGAGCUCGACACCAAGAAAGGGAGCCAGGGGUCCCCCAACCUGACUCCCUCACCGCAGCUCGUGGAGAAUGGCCUUCUGACUCCUGAGGCAGUGACCAAGGACAUGUGGAGACUCGUCAGCUCCCUGUUUAAAGCCCUGAAGGUGCCAACCCCUGCCUCAGGCUGGGACCCAGUGAACGUGAGGGACAUCAGUUACCUCCUGGCCUUGGUGGAAGACAUCAUUUGUCCACAGAACACGGCAGGGCAGGUGUCCUGGGACGAAGCCACAGAGAGAGUGGACCUUUUAACAUGCACACGUGGACCAUCACAAGUGAAAGGGAAAAUGCAGUGCUCUGAGCCUGAGGUGGCCCCAAGUGGCCCUUGGAAAGACAGUGUGUACAAGCAGUGUCUCUACCUUCAGCUGGAGCACAUGGAGCAGGCACUGCGGCUGGUGGGACCCCACAGCUUCCCCCAGCAGCACGGCCAUGCCCGGGCCCUCCAGAAGCUGCAGACGCUGAAGGGCUGCCUCGGGGGACAGCCAGGAGCCCCAGUGCACACCAGGGCUCCGCGGGUGAGCAGGCCCCCUGGAGGCCUGCCCUGGUGGUGCAUCUUUGUGGCCUGGCUCCUGGUGGCAGCCACCAGCGGUGUGGCUGCUUUCUUCACCAUGCUCUAUGGCCUGCACUAUGGGCGGGCCAGCUCCCUCCGAUGGCUUCUCUCCAUGGCCGUUUCCUUUGUGGAGAGCGUGUUCAUUACCCAGCCCCUGAAGGUGUUGGGAUUUGCUGCUUUCUUUGCACUGGUCUGGAAAAGAGUGGACGAGGAGGAAGAUAUGACAGCCGCCCUAGCAGGAUGUCUGUUUCACCCAGAUCCCUAUGCCGUGUUCCGAGCACGAAGGAACAGCAGCAGGGACGUCUACCAGCCGCCUCUUGCCGCGGCCAUUGAGAAGAUGAGAGCCGCCCACCUGAAGGAGCAGAAAGCCUUUGCCCUCAUCAGGGAAAUCCUGGUGUACCUAGGCUUCCUGUGGGCGCUGCUGCUGGUGGCCUAUGGGCAGAGGGACCCCAGCGCCUACCACUUCAACAGGCACCUCGAACGCAGCUUCACCAGGGGCUUCUCAGCCGUGCUGAGCUUCCAAGAGUUCUUUGAGUGGGCCAACACCACCCUCAUAGGCAACCUGUACGGUCACCUCCCAGGCUUUGUCACUGAUGGAAACUCCAAGCUGGUUGGCAGUGCCCAGAUUCGCCAAGUGAGGGUCCAGGAAAGCUCUUGCCCUGUUGUCCAGCAAUUACAGGCUUCUCUUGAUGGGUGCCGUGCACCGUACUCCCUGGAUGUUGAAGACCUGGCAGACUAUGGGGAAGGCUGGAACGCCUCCACCCACAAUUACAGCAAUGGCUUUCCCCAGGCUUGGCAGUACCAGAGCCAGAGCCAGCGUCGUGGGUAUCCCAUCUGGGGGAAACUCACUGUGUACCGGGGAGGAGGCUACGUGGUCCCAUUGGGGAUUGAUCGCCAAAGGGCGUUAAGAAUGCUCCAGUAUCUCUUUGACAACACCUGGCUGGACACGCUGACCAGAGCUGUGUUUGUGGAGUUCACCGUCUACAAUGCCAAUGUCAAUCUGUUCUGCGUUGUCACACUGACGCUGGAGACAAGUGCACUGGGCGCCUUCUUCACACACGCGGCCUUGCAGACCCUCCGCCUGUACCCCUUCACUGACAGCUGGCACCCCUUCGUGGUGGCGGCCGAGCUCCUGUACUUCGUCUUCCUCCUCUACUACAUGGUGGUGCAGGGCAAGCUCAUGAGAAGGCAGAAGUGGGGCUAUUUCCGCAGCAAGUGGAACCUGCUGGAGCUCACCAUCAUCUUGGCCAGCUGGAGUGCCCUGGCAGUGUUUGUGAAGAGGUCCAUCCUUGCUGAGCGUGACAUCCAACACUGCCGGACCCACGGGAAGGAGGGAGUCAGUUUCAGUGAGACAGCAGCUGCUGAUGCUGCCCUCGGCUAUAUUGUGGCUUUCCUGGUACUACUGUCCACAGUGAAACUCUGGAAUCUGCUCAGGUUGAAUCCCAAAAUGAACAUGAUCACAUCAGCCCUACGCCGUGCCUGGGGUGACAUUUCAGGUUUUGUCAUUGUCAUCCUUACCAUGCUCCUGGCUUACUCCAUCGCAUCGAACUUGAUAUUUGGUUGGAAACUCCGUUCUUACAAAACCCUCUUUGAUGCGGCAGAAACAAUGAUCAGCCUUCAGCUGGGAGUCUUCAACUAUGAGGAGAUCUUGGCCUACAGCCCAGUGCUUGGUUCCUUCCUCAUUGGGUCCUGCAUCAUUUUUAUGACGUUUGUGGUGCUGAAUCUGUUUAUCUCUGUCAUCCUGGUGGCCUUCAGUGAGGAGCAAAAAUGCCCUCAGCUGUCAGAGGAAGGGGAGAUCGCAGACUUACUGCUGAUGAAAAUACUCAGUCUCCUGGGCAUUAAAAGUAGAAGACAGGACCCUCAAAGCAGCAGUGAGCAGCCCGACUCGCUGUCUGAGGCUCAGCCCCCUCAACCAGCAGGAGCGAUGCCCGGAGUCUAAGCUGUCUGUCCACACCCCACCCUCCAUGGAGGAGAAGGGCAGAACCUCCAGCCUGCACACCCCAGUGACUCUGUAGUCUUUCCAGUUCAUUGUAUCUUAUGCCUGCAGAAGAGUUACCAAGCCCAGCAAGUUAAAAAAUUAUAAUAAUAUGUAGAAUUGCCGCUACCAUGAGAACCUGUUUGU